AGAGAUUCGAGUGCAGCAACACUAUCUGUCCGUCUUUCAGCCCCUGUUUGAAUAAGAAGCACAAGAACAGCUUCUCUGCUCCACAGCAUCACUCUUUCUAGUUCUAUCCAUUCUGCAGCGCAUCAGGCAGCUUUCACAAGAGUCAAAAUGAACGGCACGACUGAUGGGAACUAUGAGCACGGUGAUUCUAAUGAUGGGUCCUUCAUGUUUACGUCGGAGUCCGUGGGAGAGGGGCACCCUGAUAAGAUAUGCGACCAGAUCAGUGAUGCUGUGCUGGAUGCUCACCUGAAGCAGGACCCGGAUGCCAAAGUUGCCUGUGAGACAGUGUGUAAAACCGGCAUGGUGCUGCUUUGUGGUGAGAUCACAUCCCGAGCCAACGUAGACUACCAGAAGGUGGUAAGAGAAACCAUCCUCAACAUUGGGUAUGACAACUCAGACAAAGGCUUUGACUAUAAGACCUGCAACGUGCUGGUGGCCCUUGAGCAGCAGUCGCCCGACAUCGCACAGGGCGUUCAUAUUGAUCGUCUGGAGAAUGACAUUGGAGCUGGAGACCAGGGUCUGAUGUUUGGGUACGCUACAGAUGAGACAGAGGAGUGCAUGCCCCUCACCGUCGUCCUCGCACAUAAACUCAACUCCAAGAUGGCGGAACUGAGACGUAACGGGACCGUCCCUUGGCUCCGUCCAGACUCCAAGACACAGGUGACCGUGCACUACACCCAAGAGAACGGUGCUGUGAUCCCCAGGAGGGUUCACACUGUGGUGAUCUCAGUGCAGCACGACGACUAUGUGAGCCUGGAGGAGCAGAAGGAGGUCCUGAAGGAAAAGGUCAUCAAAGCUGUGGUCCCCUCGAAGUACCUGGACGAGAACACCAUCUACCACCUGCAGCCCAGCGGACGCUUUGUGAUCGGUGGCCCGCAGGGCGAUGCUGGAGUGACGGGCAGGAAGAUCAUCGUGGACACAUACGGUGGUUGGGGGGCUCACGGUGGAGGGGCUUUCUCUGGGAAGGACUACACCAAAGUGGACCGCUCCGCUGCCUACGCUGCCCGCUGGGUGGCUCAAUCUCUGGUGAAGGCCAAACUCUGCAGGAGGGUGCUGGUGCAGGUGGCAUAUGCGAUCGGAGUGGCCCACCCUCUCUCCAUCUCCCUCUUCACCUACGGCUCCUCUCAGCGGAGCGAGAAGGACUUGCUGCAGAUCGUCAAGAAAAACUUUGACCUCAGACCCGGCGUCAUCGUCAGAGAUCUGGACCUAAAGAGACCAAUCUACCAGAAGACAGCCUGCUACGGACAUUUUGGCAGGAAGGAGUUCCCCUGGGAGGUCCCAAAAAACCUCAACUUCUAGAGUAUCUGUGUCUAUGUGGGUCUGUGUGUGAGUGGUUGAGUGUGUAAGGGAGGUAUAGAUAGCUGUCCAUGUGACCCUGUAACCCAGUAAGAGAAAAUCAGAGGGAUGGGUCAGGGUGGGUGCAGAUGAUCUCCUGUGAUUGGCCUAGCUGAAGAGGUUUCAUCUGUACUUUGUGACCCUUCAAUAGUAUCCUGAAAUAUGAGCAGGCUAUUUGGUAUUUUUGUCCCAUAUAUUCAGUGUCAGUCACAUGCCUGCAGUUUGUUUCACACGUAAAAUGGUUGCUUGCAACUGUUUCUGCCAAGGAAUAAGUGAAUGACCAAAUUUGAAGGGAGAGCAGCCAUGCAAAUGUUUUCAACACUUCUAAUGUCUUAAUACUUACGAUGCUGGUUUUAGUAUUACUCUGGACGAUCUAAAGCCUGUACUGUAAGUGCUAAAAGUUGUGUUUUCCAGCACAAAAUCAAAUCUGUACCCUGAACUUACUGUUUUGGCCCAUUUUCAAGAUCCAAAUGGAAGCCCCUCAGCCCUCAGCAAGUGAGAAAAAAAUGUUUCCGGUGACCAGAUCUUAAAGUCUGAUCUAAUUUUAUAGUUUUAUUUUCUAUACAUUGAACCUAAAAUACGUAAAGUGUGUUAGCAUGUAAAACUUGCCAAACUUAUCCACCAAAUCUGAUGUUUAGGGAUAAACACAGCAGAGAAAAUAUUUGAGAUGAGGAAAAAGAACUGGAUCACCAGAAUUGUUUCUCUCGCUUGCAUUUCAGGGCUUCCGUACACUCCCUACCAAACAAAGAUGAUAUCAAAGAAGUUAUACAGCAAUAUCCCAAAGAACUUCAAAAUGUUAGUCUGUUAAAAGUUGUAAAUCAGAGGGGUUUCUUUGCUGCGUGCAUCUUAACAUUGCUUUAGAUAUUUUAACUAUAGUAGUUUGACGUGUAUUUGCUGGCUCUAAGCAGUUUCUGAAAGUGUUGGAUAGUCUUAAGCCUUAAAAGCUUCAGAGUCUUUAGAGCUUAAAGAAGUGACUUCACAAAGUUAAACUCUUCUGAAUAGAGGAUAAUGUUUUCUUUAUAUCUAUUUCUAACUUGUACAUUAUUGGUAAAAAAACAAACAAAUGAUAUGCAGACACUGGAUCUAAUCAAAAUGACAACAAAACAAAAAUGAGAUUUGAGGAGGAGAAACAUCAUUCAUGUCCCAAAGACAUUUCAAAUGCUGGAGAUAUUACAGAUUGUUGCUGAUUAUUAUUCCGUUUUGGUAAAUAGCUUGCUCGUAGGUUGUCUGCAGGUUUUAACGGUAAACUGGAUGAUCUUAAGCCUCUAAAGGUCUUAAUUUAUAGUUUUCAUUGCUUGUUUUAUUUUUUAUUUAGGAAUCAACGCACAAACCUCUAUCCUUAACAUGGUUUUCCGAGGUACAUGUAUGGUUUCAUGUAAUUUGGUGCUAAGCCAUCAUGAAUUCAGACACUAUUAAAGAUCCCGAGAUGAAUAAGAUGAAGAUUCAAAUGUCAGAGAUUUAUCACUUUACUGUUUUACAAAUCCUAAAUGCUUCCUAUACUUUUUUAAAAGGUUGAUAGAUAGUUGAUAAUCAAAAUAACUACAUUCUUUCUAAAGUCUUCAUAUUUUUAGUAUGAAAUAAAUGCAAUACCUGCAUUCUGAACAUAUUACCACAUUUUACAUGUGUUGUUUGAAAUGAACAGCAAUUGUUUGUUUUAUAUUAUUUGACAAUAAAAACUGAGAAUUUCACCAAUACCUUCAAACAUCUGCUAAAAUAGAUAAGAUGUUAUCUAUACUUGUUUUAAAAAGUAAAAAAACCUGAGAUAAUCCUGUGAAUCUGCGACCUUGUGUGGCACACCUCUUAUUCAUAAUCUCAAUCCUUUAACAAAUACUGUGUCAUUUGUCCUGGAAAAUGAUGUAAAUAUGACUUUUGAACAAUAAAACAUUUUAACAAGA